UGAUUUUCCCUGUUUCUGGCAUUCAGUCCCUUUGUCGUCAUCCCUUUAGAGUUUCCUGGGGUUAAGCCUUGUGUUUCUUUAUUCUGAUUUCUCUGCCAACUGUGUUGAUCAGAGCAGUUAUAACUCCGUUAAUUAUAAAAGUUUUAGCAGCACAACUCCAAGACCAUAAACUUCACUUUUUGCAGUCAGCACAUUUAGACCAUAGUACUAAAAAUCAAAAUCAAAUACUCUUGCAGUCCAAUUGGCAUCCAGAAGAAUGUUGGAAGACUUGAUAUCUCUGAAUGAUAGAUGGAACUGCAUAAUUAAUUGUGGAGGCGUAACCAGAGCCAGAGCAUAGGAAUUGAGAAUCAGGAUUUAUACCACACUCAUUAUAAGAAGAUUGAACACAAUGCCUGGAAGAGUAGCAGGCAGAGGAAGCUCAAUCCAGAUAAAAUCAGAAUCAGUCAUUGUUAGAUCAACUGAGGCCCCAACGGAUGGAUCAUGAUUCUCUCUAAGAAAUAUAAUCAUUCAUUCAUAUAGGCCCCAUCAGAUGGAUCAUGAUUCUCUCUUUUAAAGAAAAUUCUUUGGCCCCCUAUCAGUAGUGUGUUGAUAAUGAAGCCAAUGGUUAAUCUCACGGUUACGAGAGGAUAACUUGGUAUCACCAAAUAAAUAAUGUUAUUGUUUAAAUAAGCGAGACUGCGACUGCGACUGCGAGAGUAUGUAUGUUAAAAAUAAAAUUUUAUUAAUUUUGAAAUUUAUUAAAUGUAUGUAACGGGGUGAUGUAUAAUCAGUUGGUGAAUGGGGAAGCAAUUUAAGCGCGCCAAUAUCUCAUUCCCUUUCCUUUUACGUAACUUUCGCAUCUUCUCUCUCUCUCACAAUUGCUGAGACCAAUUUUUCCCAGAAAUUGAUCAACCACUUUUUGAUGCAAAUUUCACACCCCCUUUUUCCAAGUUUCAAUCUUUUUGGCAGUGGCAUUCAAAUCUUCUUCUGGGUCAUUCAUUCUCAUUAUCUUUCUUUCUGGGUUUGAGACAUUUUUUCUUCAUUUUUAAGAAGAAAAAAAACUUGUCUGGAUUAUAUUUUUCUUGAGAAACUUUUCAUCUUUGAGGUUUUAGGAGACUUUGAUGAGAGACUCAAGCAGAAAGCAUGACGCUUGAGUUUUGUGGUCUCCAGUGGUUUCCUAACAAUUACUUUCAGAUGGAAUGGCAGAUCCUGCUAAUAUUGAACAAGCAUUCUUUGCUUUGAAAAAGGGCACUCAGUUUAUUAAGUAUAGUCGAAAAGGGAAGCCAAAAUUUUGUACAUUCAGGCUCUCAAGGGAUGAAACAACACUGAUUUGGAUUUCUCAUGGUAAGGAAAAGAAUUUGAAGUUGUCUUCCGUUUUACGCAUCGUCUCAGGACAGAGAACAGCUGUCUUUAAAAGAUAUUUGCGCCCUGAAAAGGAUUAUCUGUCAUUUUCACUUAUUUAUAAGAACGGGGAACGAUCACUUGAUCUGAUCUGCAAGGACAAAGAUGAGGUAGAGGUAUGGCUUACAGGCCUUAAGGCAUUAAUUUCUACUGGAGAGCGUAGCAGGCAACACACUAGAAGCGAUUUAACGGAUGAUAGUGUUGACUUUGCUCUGAAUGAUCAUCCUUUUGGUGGUGGAACACUAGAUUUUACUUCAAGCAAUCCCCAGGAGAGGUCUUCUUUGGAUUCAGGCUCUCGAGAAUCUUCAGUGUAUUUUGCAAGAUCAGAUGUGGGGUCAGAAUAUGCAAAUAUGCCAAUAAGGACAAGUGUUGGAGAUGGUUCCCGCGUCAGUGUGUCGAGCAUUGGCCACGCAAGUAUAGCAUCAGGACCAGAUGACAUAGAAUCUCUAGGUGACGUUUUUAUAUGGGGAGAGGUUUGGGCAGAUGGCACUUCAUCUGAUGGGUCAGGGAGUCAAGUCCCUUCUAAGAUAGAUGUGCUGACUCCUAAGCCAUUAGAGUCUAAUGUUGUUCUUGAUGUUCAUCAGAUUGGGCCUGGUGUAAGGCACAUUGCUCUAGUUACUAGACAAGGAGAGGUUUUCACCUGGGGAGAAGACUCUGGGGGAACACUUGGUCAUGGGCUUGAUAAAGAUUUUGGUCAACCUCAUCUUGUGGAGUCCCUUGCAGUUACUAAUGUUGGUUUUGUUUCAUGUGGCGAGUAUCAUACAUGUGCUGUUUCUUCAUCUGGUGAUUUAUUCACCUGGGGUGAUGGCACACAUAAUGCUGGACUUCUCGGCCAUGGCACCGAUGCUAGCCACUGGAUACCGAAGAGGGUCGCUGGCCCUUUAGAGCGACUUCAGGUUGUAUCUAUAUCAUGUGGCACAUGGCAUUCAGCAUUUGCAACAUUGAAUGGUAAGCUUUAUACCUUUGGUGAUGGAAUAUUUGGUGUCUUGGGCCAUGGAGAUCGAGAGAGCGUGUCGUACCCAAAGGAGGUACAGCUAUUGAGUGGACAGAGGGCUAUGAAGGUGGCGUGUGGAGUGUGGCACACAGCUGCAAUUAUAGAGGUUACGGAUCAAUCAGGUUCUUCAUCCAGGAAGCUCUUUACUUGGGGUGAUGGUGACCAAUAUCGUUUGGGUCAUGUUAACAAAGAAAUCUACCUUCAACCAACUUGUGUAGCUGCACUUUCUGAGUAUAGUUUUCAGCAGAUUGCAUGUGGACACACUAUGACUGUGGCACUGACUGCAUCUGGUCAUGUUUUUACUAUGGGAGGCACAAUGUAUGGUCAACUAGGGAACCCAAUGUCUGAUGGAAAAGUGCCGAAUCUAGUCCGAGAUAAGUUAGUAGGCGAGUUUGUUGAGGAAAUAUCUUGCGGAACACAUCAUGUUGCGGUAUUGACUUCAAGAAGCGAACUAUAUACUUGGGGGAGAGGUGCUAAUGGAAGAUUGGGACAUGGAGACACAGAAGAUCAGAAAACUCCAACUUUGGUUGAAGCUUUGAAAGAGAGACAUGUAAAGAAUAUCUCAUGUGGAUCAAGUUUUACUACUUGUAUAUGCAUCCACAAAUGGGUUUCUGGAGCUGACCAAUCUGUUUGCUCUGACUGUCGACAACCGUUUGGUUUUACUAGAAAAAGGCAUAACUGCUAUAAUUGUGGGUUGGUGUAUUGCCAUCCUUGUAGUUCAAAAAAGGCGUUGAAAGCAGCAUUGGCUCCAACACCUAGCAAACCGCAUCGCGUGUGUGAUUCUUGUUAUGUUAAGCUUAAAGGUUCUGAGAGUGGUAAUGCUUCCAAUUUUAAUAGAGAAAUUACUCGUCCUUCCAGUUCCGCAUAUGGAAGGGAAAAAUUUGAGCGGGGAGAGGUAAGGCCUUCGAGAAUUCUCUUGUCUCCUGUCACGGGGACAGCAAAAUUCCUUGAGAUAAGGAGCAGUAAGCAUGGAAGUGCACAUGACUCUCCUUCCAUAUUCCGAGCUGCUCAAGUUCCUUUCCGUUUACAUUUGAAAGAUGUUGUAUUUCCAGGUUCGUCGAAUUCCAUGCAAAAUGCUUCCAAGUCUUCUACACAGCCAAGUCAACAUCCAAUUCCACCUGCACCAGCUUUAAGACCAACAUCACCAUACUCAAAAAGACCACCGAGCCCGCCUCGUUCUAUUUCCCCUGGAUUUUCAAGAAGCCUCAUUGACAAUUUAAAGAAGAAAAAUGACAAUUUGAAUCAAGAAGUGUCCAAGUUGCAAAACCAAAUUAAUCGCUUGAAGAAAAAGAGUGACAUGCAAGAUAUGAAGAUUCAAGAGCUUCAGAAAAAUAUUGAGGAAGCCACCUCAUUUGCUGGAGAGGAAUCUUAUAAGCAUAGCGAAGCCAAGUCAUUUAUUAAGUCCAUCGCAGAUCAGUUGAGAGAAGUGGCCGCGAAGUUUCCACCUGAGAUUCCUGAGAGUGAAACCUUGAAAGCUGUGCAUGCUCAAGCUGAAGAUUUCCUUAGGGGAAAAUUAGAAUUGGAAUCUUGCGCGUCUAGCUUUGAGUCUGAGCCACAAAAUGCAGCUGAUAUACCUGCCUCGGAUAGCAAGCCUUUGAGCCUGCAAGAGCAAAGAGUGGAGGAAAAUGAUGAAGCUUCUUCUGGGGUAGUGCCAUCUAUGGAUGGAGGAAAUGUUCUUCAAGAAAGUAACAGCUUUGGAUCUGCCAAUGGAGUGAGUCCACCGAGUGCGGAUAUUAGUUCGAGAUCAGCCGACUCUUAUAAUACGCCUGCGAAUGAAGGAGAAAGAGAAACAACAGUCAUUGAACAAUUUGAACGUGGUGUUUAUCUCACACUCAUAGUACUACCUGGUGGUAUCAAAAUCUUCAAGCGAGUUAGAUUCAGUAGGCGAAGAUUCAGUGAGCAACAGGCAGAAGAAUGGUGGAUCCAUAACAAAGAUAGGGUGCUUAGUAAAUACAAUCCAGCAGCUAUAAUGAAUGCAAUUACAGGGUCACCUAUCAGCCCACCUCAAGAUGAAGAGAAUGUUGAGGCAUUAGCUUCUUCCUAAGAUUGUCUCUUUGGUCUACAAAGGAAUCACCAUAGUGUGAUGAAAUUAUCCACAAUGGAGGAAGCAUCAAUCCACCAACUGUAAAGAAAUCUAUACUAGGAAAAUUAGUGCAAAAUCUUGGUAGGGUAGGAUAUGUAUUAGGAACAACAUGAGGUUUAGAGGUAGCAUAAAUUUCUUCUCAAUUUAACAUUCUUUGGAUCUCACUCUUUUCUUGUAAACCUUCCAAUAUAAAAGCCCCUUAAGAUUGUAUUCUGUCUUCAGAUGACACAACUUUCUUUCCUGGUAUUGUACAUCAGUGUAUGUAUAAUGUAACUCCUCUAACAACUAAUAAGUCUAGAGAAGCAGGUAAUAUAUGAUGACAGAAUGAGGACUAAUGUUACAUGCAAACUUAAAAAAAAGGAGUAAAAACUCAUACUUACUGUUUCUAUAUAUUUGAUUAACUAGGACUAGAAGCCAAGAAUUUGAUUAUAACCAAUACUGAAACCAAAUUCAUGUUAAGUUAUUCAGUUAAAUUUGAUGUUGCAGGCUUUUGAAUUGGGUAGAGUGGUAGACGGCUAUUCCUGAUGCUUAAGUGCUUGUUUGGGAAUUCUUCUAGAAUUGAUUUUAGAGGCAAAAUCAAUUUUAGGGGUAAGCUUCUGUGAGUAACUUCUGGGUGCUAGAAUUGAUUCUGAGAAAUAAGAAAUUGAUCUAAACAUUCUAAAAUAAGCCAUGAGUUACAAUUUUCAACAGAAAGGAAAAGGCUAUGUUGUUUGUACUCAAUAGACAAAUGACAU